ACAUACAUACAUACAUACAUACAUAUAUAUUUAAAUAAAAAAUAAAUACCUCUAGAAUUUCCGUUGCCAAGAGUAUCAUUCCAUAUUUGUUUACUUUUUAUAUUCGUCGUCAUGCCACCAAAACAAAAUAGAAAAGGCACCAAUGCAAAAAAACAAGACAACAUUGUUCGAAUUGAUCCAAAGCAACAUGAAGCAAAAUUAAAAGAAAUUGAGGAGAGAAGAAGAGCAGAAGCUGAAGCCAUCAAAGAAGAACUUUUAGAGGAAGCUUUAUUGGAUGAAGAAGAAAUGGGCGAAGAGGAAGAGUCAGCAGAAGAAGUAUGGUCUGAUGUCGAGGCCCCGUUUGAUAUUGGGCGCAUUGAUUUAUCCUUUCCCGAGACGUCAGCAGAGUUCGCAGAUUCACUGCAAUGCUAUCCUCCCAGUUAUUAUACCUUGUCCCCAAAAGAACGUCUUUUGUUGCUUUAUGCCGAGAAUUUUCGUAAGCAAUUCACAACACUUUAUCCUAAACGCAGACCAUUGGUAUUAGCUUUGCCAAAUGAAUGUAACGUGCAGAAAUUUGUUUGCACUACAAUACGACCAACAUUGUUUAUACACAUCCCUUUGAUUGGCAGUGAAACAGAAUGUGCGAAGUUUGUGGCUGAUUUUAUUACAUAUGAACCACUUGAGGCUUUGAUGAAAUUCCCAACUCGUUUGAUUUCGCCAGCGAGCACUCUUCGAAAACGACGAGGAAACUGCUUUGAAUUGGCCACUUUACUUUGUAGCAUGCUAAUUGGAGCCGGAUGUCCCGCUAUGGUUGUGUCUGGGGUCGCUCGUGCUGAAACAGUAUUGAAUGAUCAGCGAAAUGUGCCGUUUCCGUAUCAAUUUAAGGAGCUACACACCGAAGAGAAGCAAAUUCCAAAUGUACAAACAGGUCAAAAGUAUAAAUUGCGUUCAAUGCCGGAUUUAGAAAGUCAUUUAGAAGAGAAUAUGGCGCAGAUGAUGAGGCAAAAGGAGGAUGACGAAAAGCGAAUGCGUGAAGAAGUAGAACGUUUAGAAUUAGAGGAAAUGGAAUUGCUUGCUGUGGAUAAAUACCACUUUAGGCGAUCACAUGCGUGGGUAGUAAUUAUCGAUAAUGCUCCAUGGAGUAUAAAACCCAAGAAGACAUGCAUAAACGAUGAGGGCGAUGAAGUUCCAGAGUCAACGAAAGCACGUUUUAUUGAGCCAUCAACGGGGUUCAUUUGCGACACUCAUUGCAAGCAAUAUAUACUGAUUGAUAGUGUUUGGGACCAUCAAAAUUAUUAUGUGAACAUGCAGAAUUAUCAAAGAGUUAGUGAGAUACGCUGGAACAUGACAGAUAAUAAAGAUUGGGAGCAUCUCCUCCCCGGAGAACCCCCUGAAAUGCGUUUAUACACCGUUGGAUCUGAUGAAAACAUAACAGAAAGUACGAGAUCUUUAGGAGAAGAAAAACAUUUGGAUACAAUACGUUCAUGGGUUAAUAAACUGCAUAUCGGUCUCAAGGAAUUCGAAGAAAGAUUUCCAAACUUAGAAAAAACUGUUCAUUACGCAGGUGCAGUGCAUGAACGAUUUUCACCAUAUUCCAAGCGUGACGGAAAAACUGAGCAAAUAACAAUCUAUUACGAUAACGAAUACAAAGAUCCAAAUAUACGAUGGGAAUAUUACGAAAAUAGAGCGGAUUUGCUACAACAAAUUAAGUUAUUUUACAAAUCUGGAAAAAUUGAAGAAACCUUUUCUAAAGGACGGAAUGACAGUCUUCGUUUUAUGGAAUACAAUAGUAAUCCGAUUGAGCCCAAAAUUCUACAUUUUUAUCCGGCCACCCGAGUUGAUUCAUUGCAAAACCUAUCUGUAUGUAAUGAGAAGAUCGUUCUAAGCUACAGUGAACGCUCUGACAGAUGUACAUUGAAAGAAUUUGAAUUUCGGACAGGUGGUCAAGCACUAAAGAAAACAACUGAAAAAUUCAAACGACAAUCAACUGAAAAUGUUCCAGCAUACAAAGAUAUUGCCGUGCGCACAAUCGACUUUGCUCUGGGUAAAAUAUUACUCAAAUUUCACUAUGCUCUAGGCGCACUUACAUCGUCCACAUUGGAAUUCAUUAAACCGCCAAAGCCAGAUUACGGUCACGAAAUUAAGUUUGAUCAUCAGCUUACGAAAUUGUACAAGGCCAAUAUUUCAGAUCCAGAUCCCACACCACUGGAACUAUAUAAACUUUUAUUAGAAGAACUAAAACAUCAAGACAAAGUCAAGAAACAAUUCGAAAAGCUUUUGGAAGAAAUAAACGCAAUUUUCGAUCUACGUAGGCAAGAAAUAAAAAAUCCGACACUAAAAUUCAGUAUAUUUGAUCCGUUGCGUAAUGGAGCUGCUAGAGCAAUGCAAAUGAAGCAGGCGGCUGAAGAGGAAGCAUUGAAACUUGAGAUGUCAUCAAAACCAGCAGAUUUUCUGGCACCUUAUUUGGUGCCCUAUAAAAACCGAGCUUUAACGUAUGAGGAAUCGUGGGCCGCAUUCAAUGCAUGCCUAAAUGAACUCAAAACCCGUUUCGUGGGACUAUUGAAUGAUCUACAGCGUCAAUACGAAGAUCUUACUGCGGAAGGAAAAUCAUUGCAGCGUUUUUUAAAUAAAUUCGAAGACCAGUUCGAUAACUACAACUACGAGAAGCUGGUAGAACAAUCCAAUGUCAUCGCAUUGCAUAAGAGAAUGAUUCAGCAACGUUUAACUUUAACGCACGAGGAGUCGCAAAAGAAAUAUGAAACCGUAAAAGCUUCCCUAAUGAGAGAUGAGCGAUUAAAUUUAAAGCGUAUAGGGUCUGCUACGAACUAUUAACAUCUUUUUGUAUAAAUUUUUCAGUUUUUUUUUAUAAAAACGAAUAAACUCGUAGACGUGAUUUCUUGGUAAAAUA